UGGGCCUCUCUCCUCUCGAGCCCUCUCUCCGUGUCUGCCUGCCACCCGCUACCGCCACCAUGACCACCAGCAACCGCCAGUUCUCCUCCUCCAACUCCAUCAGGGGCUCCUCUGGCCUGGGGGGCAGCUCGUCCCUCACCUCCCGCCAGCUGUCUGGCAGCCUGGGCAAUGCCCUUGGGGGCGGCAGCUACUCUGGCUGCUACAGCUUCGGCUCUGGAGGCGGCUAUGGCAGCGGCGACUACGGCAGCGGCGGCUACGGCAGCGGCGGCUACGGCAGCGGCGGCUAUGGCAUCGGCAGCGUUGGCACUGGUGGCAGUGGCUUUGGAGGUGGUGAUGCGCUGCUGGGGGGCAGCGAGAAGGCCACCAUGCAGAACCUCAACGACCGCCUGGCCUCCUACCUGGAGAAGGUGCGCGCCCUGGAGGAGGCCAACACUGACCUGGAGGUGAAGAUCCGUGACUGGUACCAGAAGCAGACCCCAGGGCCGACUUCCGACUACAGCGCCUACUUCAAGACCAUCGAGGACCUGAGGAACAAGAUCCUCAUGGCCACCACAGACAAUGCCAACGUCCUGCUGCAGAUCGACAACACCCGUCUGGCUGCUGAUGACUUCCGUACCAAGUUCGAGACGGAGCAGGCCCUGCGCGUGAGCGUGGAGUCCGACAUCAAUGGCUUGCGCAGGGUGCUGGACGAGCUGACCCUGGCCAGAGCCGACCUGGAGAUGCAGAUUGAGAACCUCAAGGAGGAGCUGGUCUACCUCCGGAAGAACCACGAGGAGGAGAUGAAAGUCCUGCGAGGCCAGGUGGGUGGCGAGAUCAACGUGGAGAUGGAUGCCGCCCCCGGCGUGGACCUGAGCCGCAUCCUGAAUGAGAUGCGCGAACAGUACGAGAAGAUGGCGGAGAAGAACCGCAAGGAUGCCGAGGACUGGUUCUUCAGCAAGACAGAGGAACUGAACCGCGAGGUGGCCAGCAACAGCGAGAUGGUGCAGAGCAGCAAGAGCGAGAUCUCAGAGCUCCGGCGCACCAUGCAGAACCUGGAGAUCGAGCUGCAGUCCCAUCUCAGCAUGAAAGCAUCUCUGGAGAACAGCCUGGCGGAGACAGAGAACCGCUACUGCCUGCAGCUGUCCCAGAUCCAGGGACUGGUCAGCAGCGUGGAGGAGCAACUGGCCCAGCUGCGCUGUGAGAUGGGACAGCAGAGCCAGGAGUACCAGAUCCUGCUGGACGUGAAGACGCGGCUGGAGCAGGAGAUCGCCACCUACCGCCGCCUGCUGGAGGGCGAGGAUGCCCAGCUGACUCCGCACAAGUCCAGAGAACCUGUGACCACCCGCCAGGUGCGCACCAUUGUGGAAGAAGUCCAGGAUGGCAGGGUCAUCUCCUCCCGCGAGCAGGUCAAACAGUCCAACAUCUGAGGACUCUGCUCCCCCUGCCAGCCCCUCUGGGGCCUCCCAUUGGCUCCGCAGCCCCAGCACCCAGCUUCAGUCCCUUUCCCAUCCCCCCUCCCUGACCAAUAAAUCUCGUUGACUGAGA